CAGACGAAGGCCACGGACCGCUGCUCUCGCUCUCCACUGUUUUUUCCUCUUCUCCGGCUCUCAUGGAGGCCGCCAUGCUCGUGGCUCCGCAGCCUUCCCUGCUGUUCUCGCCGGCGAGGGGCGGGCCGUCCACGAGGUGCUGCGCCGUUGCCGGCGCCGGCGGCCGCGCUAAGGACAUGGAGACGCGGCCGGAAGCAAGAAGCGAGGGCACGCCGUGCAAGCCGAUCACCAGAGGAGCUCACGGCCACCUGCUAUCCAUGGCCACAACGGCGGCGGCCAUUACGAGCACGGCCGCCCUGCCGUGCCACGCCGCACCGGCGGCGUACGAGCCAACGCAGCUACACUACGGGGCGGCGAUGGUGGUGCUGGGCGACCUGGACCCGGCGACGGCGAAGGUGGUGAUCGGGGUGGCGGGGCCGGCGCUGUCGGCGCUGGGGUUCCUGUUCAUCGCGCGGAUCGUCAUGUCGUGGUACCCGAGGCUGCCGGUCACCAAGUUCCCCUACGUGCUGGCGUACGCGCCCACCGAGCCCAUCCUCGCCGCCACCAGGAAGCUCAUCCCGCCGCUCGGCGGCGUCGACGUCACGCCGGUAGUCUGGUUCGGACUCGUCAGCUUCCUCAGCGAGAUCCUCGUCGGGCCGCAGGGCCUCCUCGUCCUCCUCUCCCAGCAGGUCUCCAAGUAGCUUUUAGCUUAGGAAAGCACUGUAUUUUUGUUUCUAUACAUUCUCUGGCCGAUGUAAAUGAGCUCGUGUGUGUACGAUCGUUUCAACAGAGGGGAAAGAUAACAGUUCUGUAA